AUGUCAGGAGUAACAACAACAAUCACACCAACUGGAACACAACAGAAUAAAUUUGAAGGUGAUGGAGUUCCGUUCAAAGGCAAACUUAUUGGAAUGGAAGAUGUACCAGUUGAUCGUGAUGAAAAAGCAUGUCUUGAUUCAUUGUUUAAAUUAAAAGCUGUUGCAAAUGCUCGCAAAGAACAUAAACAAAAACUUCAAUUGAAUUUAACUAUGGCCGGAAUUAAAGUUUAUGAUGAUACAACAAAAGUUAUAAUUGCUUCUCAUGAAGUUGAACGUAUAUCAUUUGUUGUUAUGGAUCCACGUGAUCAACGUGCCUUUGGUUAUAUUUAUAAUACGAGUGAUGAUCGUCAUCAAUUUUGGGCUAUUAAAACUGAACGAACAGCAGCAACAACUGUAUAUGCACUUAAGGAACUUUUUGAAAUAGCCUUUGAACAAUUUACUAAUGCUGAAAAAGCAAAUCAAACGACAUCUGCGCCAGUAUCACCUGCAGACGUAACUGUUUCAAUACAGCAAACACCUUCACAAUCUACUCCUGUUCCUACACCACAACCAUCACUACAACCUCCACCACCACCGAUACCUCAACGAACAGAGCCUGCAGCUGCAUCUCUUCUUGGUGAUAUCUGGGGAGACAGUCCAACAGUAACGUUGCCUCAACCACCAAUACAAACAAUUCAACAACCACCGAUACAAACAGUUCAACAACCUCCAACACAAACAGUUCAACAACAAUCAAUACCUGAGCUCGAUUUGUGGGGUAAUAAUGAACCUGCUGUACCUGUUCAACAACCAGCACCACGUGUUGAAGAUCCUCUUGGUGAUAUGUUUGGUUUACCUGGAUCACCAUCACAACCACCACCGCCACCAGCACGUCCAACACCUCAACAACCAACAUCUACUACUGGUACUAAUGAUUUCUUGUCAAUGUUUGCUCCUGCUCAACCAACACCAAAUGUGAAUACCAAUAUGUUUGCGCAAUCAGUUCAACAAACACCUUUUAUUCCUCAACAACAGCAACAACAACAACAAAAUUUUAUGAAUCCAACACCUAUCAUGCCUGUGUCUCCACCAACUGUAACAAAUUCAACUAGUGGCUUUGAUUUACUUGGAGACUUUUCAUAA